AUGCGAUCCGACCUCGACCCCGGGCUUGGGGUGUGGGGUCGAGUUCCGGAGCUCGCAGUGGGUAGAGAUCUGGUUUCAGGAGAGGGGCUCACUCGCGAGCUUGGGGGCGUGGCCUCGUCCUAGGUGACGUAGACGCGGGGUGGGCGGGCUCACCUUUAGGGCUGAGAUUCGGAUCCAGGUGUAAAAGAGAGGCGGGGCUCCCCGCCAAUUCGUUGAGAAGCCGGUGCGGUGUCAUGGAGACCCUCGCGGCCGCCGCCCCUGCCGGGAACUUCUUCCCCUCAUUCCUGUUCUUGGCCUGCGGGACGCUAGUGGCCGCUCUGCUGGGCGCCGCGCACCGCCUGGGGCUCUUCUACCAGUUGUUGCACAAGGUGGACAAGGCAAGCAUUCAGCAUGGCGGGGAGAACGUGGCAGCUGUGCUGAGGGCCCAUGGUGUGCGCUUCCUCUUCACACUGGUCGGUGGGCACAUUUCCCCGCUGCUGGUGGCCUGUGAGAAGAUGGGCAUCCGUGUGGUGGACACUCGCCACGAAGUCACAGCCGUCUUCGCUGCCGAUGCCGUGGCCCGCCUGACUGGGACGGUGGGUGUGGCUGCAGUGACAGCAGGCCCGGGCCUCACCAACACGGUGACUGCAAUGAAGAAUGCCCAGAUAGCUCAGUCCCCAGUCCUGCUUCUGGGUGGGGCUGCCAGCACACUCCUGCAGAACCGGGGUGCACUCCAGGCCAUUGAUCAGAUGUCCCUGUUUAGGCCACUGUGCAAGUUUUGUGCUUCCGUGCGGAGGGUGCGAGACAUUGUGCCCACUCUGAGGGCUGCGAUAGCUGCUGCCCAGUCGGGCACCCCAGGUAGGUGGAGGGUGCUGGGCAGUGGUCAGGCCCUAAGGCUUGGGUCUAGGGAGGCGUGGCAGGCUCAGUAUCCUCCCUGCCCCUCUGCAGGCCCAGUGUUUGUGGAGCUGCCCAUCGAUGUGCUGUACCCCUACUACAUGGUCCAGAAGGAGAUGGUGCCAGCCAAGCCGCCCAAGGGCUUCAUGGGUCGAGUGGUCACCUGGUACUUAGAGAAUUACCUGGCCAACCUCUUUGCAGGAGCUUGGGAGCCUCGGCCUGAGGGCCCUCUGCCUCUGGACAUUCCCCAGGCAUCCCCCCAGCAGGUUCAGCGCUGUAUGGAAAUCUUGAGCCGAGCCAAAAGGCCCCUUAUUGUGCUGGGAAGCCAGGCUCUGCUGCCCCCGAUACCUGCUGAAAGACUUCGGGCUGCUGUGGAGACCCUUGGCAUCCCCUGCUUCCUGGGAGGGAUGGCACGAGGACUGCUGGGCCGCAACCACCCCCUACACAUCCGGCAGAACCGUAGUGCUGCCCUGAAGAAAGCAGAUGUUGUCCUUCUGGCAGGAGCCGUGUGUGACUUCCGCCUGUCUUAUGGCCGUGUCCUUAGCCGCAGCAGCAAGAUCAUCAUUGUCAACCGUAACCGGAAAGAGAUGUUGCUUAACUCAGACAUGUUCUGGAAGCCCCAGGAAGCUGUUCAGGGAGACGCGGCCUCCUUUGUGUUGAAGCUGGUGGAGGGCCUUAAGGGCCAGACGUGGGCCUCAGACUGGACAGAGGAGCUUCGGCAAGCUGACCGGCAGAAGGAGCAGACCUUUCGGGAGAAGGGGUUGAUGCCUGUAGCCCAGCACCUGAACCCAGUGCAGGUACUGCAGCUGGUGGAAGAAACUCUGCCUGACAACUCAAUUCUGGUGGUUGAUGGUGGGGACUUUGUGGGCACUGCCGCCCACCUGGUGCAGCCCCGUGGCCCCCUGUGCUGGCUUGAUCCUGGGGCCUUUGGGACUCUGGGCGUUGGUGCAGGAUUUGCACUUGGGGCCAAAUUGUGCCGGCCGGAUGCCGAGGUGUGGUGCCUGUUUGGAGAUGGAGCUUUUGGCUAUAGCCUCAUUGAAUUUGAUACCUUCGUCAGGCACAAGAUCCCAGUGAUUGCUUUGAUCGGGAAUGAUGCUGGCUGGACCCAGAUUUCUCGGGAGCAGGUGCCGUCUCUGGGCAGCAAUGUGGCCUGUGGCCUGGCUUACACUGAUUAUCACAAGGCAGCCAUAGGACUUGGCGCCCAGGGCUUGCUGCUCUCACGGGAGAAAGAAGAUCAGGUGGUCGAGGUGCUUCAUGAUGCUCAAAAGCAGUGCCGAGAUGGCCACCCGGUUGUGGUCAACAUCCUUAUUGGGAGGACGGACUUCCGAGAUGGCUCCAUUGCUGUGUAGGGCCUCGUGGGUUAGUAUCCUUGGCCUUCCCACCCCUGGACUGUGCCUAGUUGGUUUAGAGUCUCAUCCUUGCCUGCCUUGGAGCUGGCCUAUCAGGUCCAGUGACUCUACAACCCUCUCUGAAGACAGGGUGGGGCUGGGGUUGGGGAGGUGUGGGUCAGAGCUCAGAGAGGUUCCCUGGCAGCACUAGAGAGCUCCUGGGCCUUUUCCACUGUGGGCACACCCUUUCUCCCUUCCUCUCAUGUGCACUGAAUAAACCACCUCUGGUCCAUGUGGCUCCAGCACUCAUUCCAGAA